UAAGGCUGAUCUAACUCUGCUUGAUGACGAAGAUAACAGUGUGUUACAUUAUGCUUGUCAUGGAGGUAACACAUCUAUUGUUCAACACCUCAUCAAAGUUUGUGAUAUUAACCAGAGAUUGAGUGAUGGUCGGACCCCAGUCAUGCUGGCAGCUCUGUGUGGUCAAAAAGACGUUUUUGACUUACUGGUGUCCAAUGGAGCUGAUCUCACACUGGUUGAUGCUAAAAAUGAAGGUGUAUUAUAUUAUGCUUGUAAAGGAAGUAACACGUCUAUUGUUCAACACCUCAUCAAAGUUUGUGAUAUUAACCAGAGAUUGAGUGAUGGUCUGACCCCAGUCAUGCUGGCAGCUCUGUGUGGUCAAAAAGACGUUUUUGACUUACUGGUGUCCAAUGCAGCUGAUCUCACACUGGUUGAUGAUGAUGAUAACAGUGUGUUACAUUAUGCUUGUCAAGGUGGUAACACGUCUAUUGUUCAACACCUCAUCACAGCUUGUGAUAUUAACAAGAAAGGGCGUGAUGGUCGGACCCCAGUCAUGCUGGCAGCUGUGUGUGGUCAAAAAGACGUUUUUGACUUACUGGUGUCCAAUGCAGCUGAUCUCACACUGGUUGAUGCUAAAAAUGAAGGUGUAUUACAUUAUGCUUGUCAAGGAGGUAACACGUCUAUUGUUCAACACCUCAUCAGAGUUUGUGAUAUUAACAAGAAAGGGCGUGAUGGUCGGACACCAGUCCUGGUGGCAGCUCUGUGUAGUCAAAAAGACGUUUUUGACUUACUAGUGUCCAAUGCAGCUGAUCUCACACUGGUUGAUGAUGAAGAUAACAGUGUGUUACAUUAUGCUUGUCAAGGAGGGAAGGCGUGA